AUGAGGUCUUUCUUAAUAAUGUUUGUGAUUCUAUUUGGCUUUUACAAUGAAGCCUAUGGGAAAGGUUCUUUAGAUAUCGAUAUGAAACUGAAGGCUCUUAAUAAGCCUGCGUUGAAGACCAUUAAGAGUCAAGACGGAGAUAUAAUAGAUUGUAUCGAUAUCUAUAAACAACAUGCCUUUGAUCAUCCAGCUUUAAGAAACCACAAGAUUCAGAUGAAACCAAGUGUUGAAUUUGGUGAAACGGAGACAAAAAUUCCAAACAAUGGUUCUGCUCAACAAAUAACAUCUCAGAUUUGGUCCAAAUCUGGUGACUGUCCUGAUGGGACAAUACCGGAAGCCUUUAUUGUCGCAUUAGGGUACAAUUUUCUUGGAGCUAGAUCUGAUUUAAACGUUUGGAACCCUCCGAGGGUUCAGCCUAACGACUACAGCACUGGUCAGAUAUGGUUGCUUGCUGGUGUUUCAUCAGACAACUUUGAGAGCAUAGAAGCUGGUUGGAUGGUGAAUCCAGGCGUAUUUGGAGACUACCGCACACGUUUCUUCAUCUCAUGGACUAGUGAUGGAUACCAAAACACAGGGUGCAUCAAUCUCUUAUGCUCGGGUUUUGUGCAAACAAAUAAAAAUUUCGCCCUUGGUGCAACCAUCGAACCUGUUUCGCGCUCCUCGCAAGAGCAAUACUUCAUCUCUGUUAACGUGUUCCUGGAUCCAAACAACGGGAACUGGUGGUUGAAUACCGGAAUCAACGUGAUUGGUUAUUGGCCGGGUGAAUUGUUCAGCAGCCUCAAACACAGCGCAAUAGCUGUGCAGUGGGGUGGAGAAGUCUAUAGCCCUAACAUGUUGCAGAAGCCACACACGGAAACGUCAAUGGGGAGUGGACAAUGGGCAGAUUACCUCUAUGCAGAAGCUUGUUACCAUACCAACCUUAGGAUCAAGGACAAUUCCUUGCAGAUCAAAUACCCUAAAUAUCUAAACGAGUACGCUGAUGAGUCAGACUGUUACACUACAAGGCUCUACAGGAAAACGUAUAUGUCAGAACCUUACUUAUACUUUGGAGGACCAGGCAGGAGCCGUUUUUGUCCUUGA